CUGCCAGCAGGUCUGGGGGCGGGACCUGAGUCACUCCCUCCGGCCGCCGGGCUCCACCGCUUCCCCGCCGUCCACUUCAGCUUCCUGCCACCUUCCUGUCUUCAGCAUGCCUGGUCCGACCCCCAGUGGCACUAACGUGGGCUCCUCAGGGCGCUCUCCCAGCAAAGCAGUGGCCGCCCGGGCGGCGGGAUCCACAGUCCGGCAGAGGAAAAAUGCCAGCUGCGGAACGAGGAGCGCAGGCCGCACGACCUCAGCAGGCACUGGGGGGAUGUGGCGAUUCUACACAGAAGAUUCACCGGGGCUCAAAGUUGGCCCUGUUCCAGUAUUGGUUAUGAGUCUUCUGUUCAUCGCUUCUGUAUUUAUGUUGCACAUUUGGGGCAAGUACACUCGUUCAUAGAUUCGGCUACAUCCAUCUGUCUGUCAUGUGAAGAAGAAAGGAAAAAAACCCAACAUAUCUUGGACCAAAAGCAUAGUGAUUUUCUGUUCAUGAGAAAGAAAUUUUCUGUAAGCUUACUGUUUUACAGGGAACUUAAUGAAAACUGAUUUUAAGGAAUCAUUUUUUUCCUAUGGCUAAUAAACUUUUUAAUUCAUA